AUGGCUACAGCAAUGGGGAAACGCCUGGAGGGAAAGACGAUUCUGAUAACCGGCGCCUCGUCCGGGAUUGGGAAAAGCACAGCGCUGGAAUUCGCCCGCACGUCGCCGAAGAAUCUCAAACUGGUUAUCACCGCGCGCAGAUUCGACUCCUUGAAGGCGGUCGCCCAAGAGAUCAAAGAUGAAGUUGGAGAGGGGGUGCAAGUUUUCCCGUGCCAAUUGGACGUCAGCAAACCGGAGGAGAUCAAUAAAUUCGUGGAGUCGCUGCCCGCAGAGUUUCGGGAAAUCGACGUGCUCGUCAACAAUGCAGGGCUUGUCAAAGGCGUCGCAAAAGCUCCUCAAAUCGAGACGGAGGACGUCAAGAUCAUGUUCGACACAAAUGUCACAGGAUUGAUAAACAUGACCCAAGCGAUACUGCCGAUUUUCCAGAAGCGGCCAAACGGUGGCUCCGGCGAUAUCAUCAACAUUGGGAGCAUCGCUGGACGAGAGGCAUACCCAGGGGGCAGCAUCUACUGUGCAACAAAGGCCGCUGUUCGCAGCUUCACAGAUGCCCUCCGGAAAGAGCUGAUCGCGACGAGAAUUCGAGUCAUUGAAAUUGAUCCCGGCCAGGUGGAGACUGAGUUUUCCAUUGUCCGGUUCUACGGGGACAAAGCCAAAGCGGAUGCGGUAUAUGCCGGAUGCGACCCUCUCACACCUGACGACAUUGCCGAAGUCAUCGUCUUCACCGCUGGCCGGCCAGAGAAUGUGGUCAUAGCAGACACCCUUAUCUACCCUCAGCAUCAGGCAUCCCCGACGGCCAUGCACCGCCGCUCAUAA